ACAUUUGUGUAAUGUAUGUGAAUAUAUGUGUAUGUAUGUAUGCAAUACCACGUAUGUAAUUUUUCGAAAGUUUUUAGAAUUCUCGAAAAAAUGCUAAUGGAUGUGAACUAUUAUAUUGAUAUAUAUCCUACAAAAAUAAAGAAUAUUAUGUAACAAAUUGUUAUAAUUUUUGAAGACGAUAAAUGUGUUCCAAAAUUCUAAUACGGUUAAAUGUCGACGUGUCAAUAGAAUGAUGAUUUUAGUAUUAUUUUUUCAUAAAACAUGACAUAUUGUUAAGUAUUAUUUAACACUAUUAUUAUUAAAAAUUACACAGUUACAAAUUUAUAUUAAAUCAUACACAUCAUUCGAUUUAUGAGAUAUUAUGACAACAUAUAUUAAAGAUUUAAAAAAUGGCUAAACAUGUAAAAUUAGUUUAAAUUAUAUGUAAAUAUUAAAAUUAUAUAAUUUAAAUAUGUAUAAUAUUUAUCAACUUUUAUAUAGAGAAAUCUCUUUUUAACAUAUCUUAUUUAUUACUAUUGGAAAAUAAUUUGGUUAGGACUUUAAAUAUUGUACUUGAAACUGUGAACAAUGUCAUGGAUAAGAGACAAUACUCUAAAUUGGUUUCAACGUUUGGCUAUAAGAAUUUUAAGAACUGGGCAUAUUCCUAAACAUGUAGCAUUUAUAAUGGAUGGUAAUAGACGCUAUGCAAGUAAAAAUGGAAUAGAAAAAAUAGAAGGACAUACAAAAGGAUUUGAUAAGUUUGCUGAAACUUUACAAUGGUGUACAGAUCUUGGUAUACAAGAAGUAACAUUUUAUGCAUUUAGUAUUGAAAAUUUUAAAAGGAAACGAGAGGAAGUAAAUGGACUUUUAAAUCUUGCAGAACAAAAAUUCCAGAGAUUAUUGGAUGAAAAGGAUAAAAUACGAAAACAUGGAUUAUGUGUCCGUAUAAUUGGUAAUUUGUCGCUAUUACCUCAAAAUAUACAAGAAUUGAUAGCAGAAACUAUGAUUCUUACUAAAGAACAUAAUAAAGGAUUUCUCAAUAUUGCAUUUGCUUAUACGUCAAGAGAUGAAAUUACACAUGCUAUUAAAGAUGUAAUCGAAGGAGUUCAAAAUGGCGAUAUUCUUUCUGAAGAUAUUGAUGAAAAUUUGAUUUCCAACUGUUUAUAUACUAAUUAUUCACCAAAUCCAGAUUUAUUAAUUCGUACUUCUGGAGAAGUUAGAUUUAGUGACUUUCUUAUGUGGCAGAUAUCAAAUACAUGCAUUUAUUUUACCACUGUUUUAUGGCCAGAAUUUAAUCUGUGGGAAUUUCUCAAUGCAAUAUUUUAUUAUCAAAGAUGUUAUUCUGAUAUACAAAAAGUAAUAAAAAUGCAAAAUAUGAAGCAAAUAAUACAAAAUAGUAGACAAUCAACAUACAUAGACAAAUUACAUCAUAAAAGACAAAUAACACUUGAAAGAAUAUAUUUGUCAAACAUUUAAUAUAUGUAUUGAAAAAACAAAUAUGAUUAAGAUUGAUUAUGAUCAUUAAAGUUUAUAUAACAUUAUA